CUCGUCGACUUCCUCAUGAACAACUACAUGAGUAUCUUCCCGCUGUGGAGUGGAGUUCUUCUUGGGGAUCUUAGCCGGUUUUCUGAAAUCAGCACAGCUACAGUCAGCCAACAAUCCAAAACAAGGGAAAGUAACUGUCAUGUGGAACAGUGGUUUUGGAUUGUUAAACACAGCAUCCUUAAAAAGAAGAAGUACCUGCGUCCUGCUGACUUCAUACAGAACAUGUAUGGAUCUCUCCAAGGCAGAUACAAAGAACACAUAAUUAACAACAAUCUGUUACUGCCUUACCGUGAUCCAGAACCUAAAGAAAAGUUCUUCAGCCAGAAAGAAGAAUGGGCACAGAAAACAUCAAGAAAGGACAAGGACAGACAUAAAACAAAAUACUUUGACCCACCUGAAGUACUGCCACAGCCAUCACAAAGUCCAGAAGUUACACAGAUCAGCACCAAUACCAUCCAGAUGAUUCCAGACACAGCAAUGGACCUGUCAAAAACAAAACACAAACCCGAACCAGAGUACAAUACUGAGCCAGAUAACACAGAACAUACUGCUGAAGACACAACAGAAGAGAUUCAGUACCUUUGGAGCAAAAACGAUUGUGAAGUGGUGGUUGCUGUUGUACCAUCAGCAGCAAAAAAGGCUAGGUACACCCUCCAUCACUCAGAGUUCAAAACUCUGCAACCUCACAAGUGGCUCAUGGGAGAGGCAAGAAUAUUCAUGAGCUAUUAGCAUUUCAAACUUGCAUGAUAUAAAUUGCCAA